UCAAUUUGAAACUUGGCGGUUACAGCUCCAGUUGGAACAGGGCGCCAGGGAAGAUCCGGGAAAGGGGACGUUUGAUUUGACACCGCAGUGCUGAGACUGACCGACCUUUAGGCUGUGGCCGAGUGUGAGUGACGGGAGGGCUGUGAUCUCGCUGGGAGGGAGGCUGCCCCGCCGAGUUCCCAGAGCCCCUACGGCCUCAGGGCCUUCCCACUCCUGCCAGCUUCCGGUGCCCCUCGGAGAGCCGCCUUCACUCCGCGUGGACGCCUGCUGAGCUGCUACCAUGAAAGAAGAGGUGAAGGGAAUUCCUGUGAGGGUGGCACUGCGUUGUCGCCCCCUGGUCUCCAAAGAGAUCAGUGAGGGCUGCCAGACGUGCCUGUCCUUUGUACCUGGAGAGCCUCAGGUGGUGGUUGGUAAUGAUAAAUCGUUUACCUAUGAUUUUGUGUUUGACCCCUCUACUGAGCAGGAAGAGGUCUUUAAUACAGCAGUAGCUCCACUCAUAAAAGGCAUAUUUAAAGGAUACAAUGCAACUGUCCUGGCCUAUGGGCAGACUGGUUCUGGAAAAACCUAUUCAAUGGGAGGUGCAUACACUGCAGAGCAAGAACAUGAAUCAACUAUCGGGGUCAUUCCCAGGGUAAUACAGCUUCUCUUCCAAGAAAUUAAUAAAAAGAGUGACUUUGAAUUUACUCUGAAAGUGUCUUACUUGGAGAUUUACAAUGAAGAAAUUUUGGACCUUUUAUGUCCAUCUCGUGAGAAAACUCAAAUAAAUAUCCGGGAGGACCCAAAAGAAGGCAUAAAGAUUGUUGGACUCACGGAGAAGACUGUUCUAGUUGCCUCGGAUACUGUUGACUGUCUAGAGCAGGGUAACAACUCCAGGACUGUGGCCUCCACGGCUAUGAAUUCCCAGUCAUCUCGAUCUCAUGCCAUCUUUACGAUCUCCAUAGAACAAAGAAAGAAAAAUGACAAAAACAGCAAUUUUCGUUCCAAGCUGCAUCUUGUAGACCUUGCUGGCUCAGAGAGACAGAAGAAAACCAAGGCUGAAGGAGAUCGUCUGAAAGAGGGUAUUAACAUUAACCGGGGCCUCCUGUGCUUGGGAAAUGUAAUCAGUGCUCUUGGAGAUGACAAAAAGGGUAGCUUUGUGCCCUACAGAGAUUCCAAGCUGACUCGUCUGCUUCAAGAUUCUCUGGGAGGCAAUAGCCAUACACUUAUGAUAGCCUGUGUGAGUCCUGCUGAUUCUAAUCUAGAGGAAACAUUAAAUACCCUUCGCUAUGCUGACAGAGCAAGAAAAAUCAAGAACAAACCUAUUAUUAAUAUUGAUCCCCAGGCAGCUGAACUUAAUCAUCUUAAGCAACAGGUCCAACAACUGCAGGUCUUGUUGCUACAAGCCCAUGGAGGUACCUUGCCUGGAAGCAUAAAUGUGGAACCAUCAGAAAAUCUACAGUCCCUGAUGGAGAAGAAUCAGUCUUUGAUAGAAGAGAAUGAAAAAUUAAGUCGUGGUCUGAGUGAGGCAGCUGGUCAGACAGCCCAGAUGUUAGAGAGAAUCAUUUUGACUGAGCAAGCGAAUGAGAGAAUGAACGCCAAGCUAGAAGAACUCAGGCAGCAUGCAGCCUGUAAAGUGGAUCUUCAAAAGCUGGUGGAGACAUUGGAAGACCAGGAAUUAAAAGAAAACAUAGAGAUAAUAUGCAACCUACAACAAGCGAUUACUCAGCUGUCUGAUGAAGCUGUUGCUUGCAUAACUGCAACCAUUGAUACUGCAGUAGAAGCAGACACUCAAGUGGAAAUCAGUCCAGAUACCAGCAGGUCUUCUACUGCUUUCAGCACUCAACAUGCUCUUCGUCAAGCUCAGAUGUCCAAGGAGCUGAUUGAGUUGAAUAAAGAACUUGCAUUGAAAGAGGCACUAGCUAAGAAGAUGACUCAGAAUGAUAGCCAACUACAGCCCAUUCACUUCCUGUAUAAGGAUAACAUUAAAAAUCUAGAGUUGGAAGUCCUCAGUCUACAGAAGGAAAAGGAAGAAUUGGUUCUUGAACUUCAAACAACAAAGAAGGAUGUCAACCAAGCCAAGUUGAGUGAACGCCGUCGCAAACGUCUCCAAGAGCUAGAGGGUCAAAUAGCUGAUUUGAAAAAGAAAUUGCAUGAACAGUCCAAACUUCUGAAGUUGAAGGAAUCCACUGAGUAUACUGUCUCCAAACUGAACCAAGAGAUACGGAUGAUGAAAAACCAACGAGUACAAUUAAUGCGUCAAAUGAAGGAGGAUGCUGAGAAGUUUAGACAGUGGAAGCAACAAAAAGACAAAGAAGUAAUCCAGUUAAAAGAACGGGAUCGUAAGAGGCAGUAUGAGCUGCUCAAACUUGAGAGGAACUUCCAAAAACAGUCUACAGUGCUCAGACGUAAAACUGAGGAGGUAGCAGCUGCCAACAAACGUCUUAAGGAUGCUCUCCAAAAGCAAAAGGAGGUUGCAGAUAAACGGAAAGAGACUCAAAGCCGUGGGAUGGAAGGCACUGCAGCUCAAAUGAAGAAUUGGCUUGGAAAUGAAAUUGAAGUUAUGGUCAGUACUGAGGAAGCCAAACGGCAUCUGAAUGACCUUCUUGAAGAUAGAAAGAUCCUUGCUCAGGAUGUGGCACAGCUCAAAGAAAAAAAACAAUUUGAAGAGAAUCCACCUCCUAAACUCCGAAGGCGCACAUUCUCACGUGAUGAAGUGCGUAGUCAAGAUUCAGAAGCAGAAGAUUGUAUUGCAAAGAAGAUUGAAAGCCGGGAGACUGAACUGGAGCUCAGGAAUGCUCAGAUUGCAGACCUCCAGCAAAAGCUCCUAGAUGCUGAAAGCGAAGAUAGGCCGAAAAAACGCUGGGAGAAUAUUGCCACAAUUCUGGAAGCCAAAUGUGCCAUAAAAUAUUUAAUUGGAGAGGAUGAAGAGCUUAGGAAGAUGCAAGAAGUAUGUGAGCAAAAUCAGCAGCUUCUCCAAGAAAACAAUGCCAUCAAGCAGAAACUGACCCUCCUCCAAGUAGCCAGUAAACAGAAACCCCAUCUUAUGAAGACUAUCCUUCAGUCUCCAGACUCUUCCUUUGAAUAUAUUCCACCUAAGCCCAAACCUUGCCGAAUUAAAGACAAAUGCCCAGAGGAAAGCUUGGACAUCGAGGAGCUACAAUAUUAUUCAGAGCAUUCUGUGAUCGAGCAGGAGAAUGACAGUGAUGAUUGUGCUGAUGAGGAGUGGAUACCAACAAAAUUAGUCAAGAUGUCCAGGAAGAACACCCAAGGGUGUUCCUGCAAAGGCUGGUGUGGGAACAAGCAAUGUGGAUGCAGAAAGCAAAGGUCAGACUGUAAUGUGGCAUGCAGCUGUGACCCCACAAAGUGUCGGAACCGACAGCAGAGCCAAGAUAACUUAGAUGCUACUGAGCAAACCCAGGAUUCUGAAAGUUCCUUUAAACUGGAAGACCCUACAGAGGUGACCUCAGGAUUAAGCUUCUUCAACCCUGUCUGUACAACUCCCAGUAGCAAGAUCCUAAAAGAGAUAUGUGAUGCAGAUCAGGUGCUGCUGGGCAGGCCUGCUUUUGUUCCUUCCUCUGACCACCCAGAACUGAGACCUUCAGAAUCACAAGAAAAUAAGGUCACAAGCAAGAAGAAGAAGCGAGCUCUAGCCAGCAAUACCAGCUUCUUCUCUGGCUGUUCUCCUAUACAGGAAGAGUCCCACUGAGGUUAUGGUCAUGGUCUCUCUCUUCUGUCUGUCCUGGACACAUUCUCAGGGUGCAGCUCAGAGGGGAAGGGUGCUAAAGACUUCUGUAGCUUUUAGGUUUUGCUUUUGAGAAAAGGGAAAAAAAAGUGUCACUGAAAGGAAGAGGACCUUUGCUGAAUGUUGACCUUUUCUGUCUACUCCAAACAACUACUUUUCUUCUCCAGAAGGUGCUGAGCCAUCUGUUGGAAAGAACUAACUGACCUUCCUGAUGACUGACUCAUAGGACACCCAUCCCCAGCACAAUCUAGCUCUUUCUUUGCAAGCAAUUGAGUUGUCUCCCCAUGCCGCAGAGGCCAAGAUGUUCCUCUCUCAUGGUCAUGUCAGCUGAAUGGAGGAGCCUCGUGCAGGAUGGAGACCUGACUCAACUCCAUCACCGCACCUCAGGAGUGGGGCUGCUCCAUUCCAACUGUGGAUUUUAACAGGAACUUCAACUGUCUGUCAUGUUGCUAAAGUGAAUGAAACAUUUUUAAAUGUUAAGAAAAUAAAUAAACCUUAG